GGCCGCCGCCACCCGCCGCGGGACGGGACGGGACGGGUCACGCCACGCCACGCCACGCCACGCAGCUUUGGUAAAGGUCCCAGGUUUUUUUCCCUGACUUUUCCUGUGGAACAGAGAGGCUGAGCGUGUGCCAGCAUGGCAGAAAAAGUGAACAACUUCCCUCCCCUGCCGAAGUUCAUCCCCUUGAAGCCAUGUUUCUACCAGGACUUCGAUGCGGAGAUCCCGCCACAGCACCGUACCAUGGCCAAGCGGCUUUACUACCUCUGGAUGCUGAACAGCAUCACCUUGGCGGUGAAUCUCGUUGGCUGCCUCGCAUGGCUGAUUGGAGGCGGUGGAGCUGUUAAUUUUGGACUGGCAAUUCUCUGGCUCAUUCUCUUUACGCCCUGCUCCUAUGUCUGCUGGUUUAGACCUAUUUACAAAGCUUUCAAGACAGACAGUUCCUUCAGCUUCAUGGCCUUCUUCUUCACCUUCAUGGCCCAGCUGGUGAUCAGCAUUAUCCAGGCGGUGGGAAUCCCUGGCUGGGGCGUCUGCGGCUGGAUUGCGGCGAUUUCCUUCUUCGGGACCAACGUGGGGUCGGCCGUGGUGAUGCUGAUCCCCACCGUCCUGUUCACGGGGAUGGCAGUCUUCUCCUUCAUCGCUCUCACUAUGGUGCAUAAGUUUUACCGGGGGAGCGGCGGGAGCUUCAGCAAAGCCCAGGAGGAGUGGACCACGGGGGCGUGGAAGAACCCCCACGUCCAGCAGGCAGCACAGAGUGCGGCGAUGGGGGCGGCGCAGGGGGCCAUGAUGCAGCACGAGACGCAGUACUCGGCCACCCCGAACUACACCUACUCCAACGAGAUGUGAGCAGCAGGACUCUGUCCUCGGGCGAAAG